AUGGUCUCUACUCUUCGCCUCUGCCUCCUGGCCGUCACUCUAUUCUUCAACUUCUCCUCCGCAUUCCCCCUCAUCAGCCGCGAGGUUCAAUGGUCCUUCACCCUUUUCCCGUCACCCUCAUGUAACGGAACUAUCGGUGACCCUCACGUCGGAUCUGGCAGCACAGGCUGUCGCGCCGAUCUCCACAGCGUUGCCUCUGCCUACACCCUGAACUCUGUCGCCGAAGGCUGCCGCAUCGAGUUGUUCGAUAACACCAUGUGCGAUCAGAACGAACUCUCCGACAUUGCCAGCCAAGCCAAUGCCACCCAAACCUGCCACAUAGCUGGAACAAGACGCCGCUACGGUUCAUACCAGGUCACCUGCGCCUGA